AUGCGUAUCACACCGAAACUGCAAAAAGCUGUGAUGACAAAGAAGUUGACUGAUCGAGAGAACGUUAUGAAUUGGAUUCUUUCGCAGCCGGAAGUGGUACAGCGAAUCAAUAGACUUAUCUUGGAUUCGCCAACUUCUCCGGAUGCUUUAUACCUCGAUCUGACCUCAAUGGCAAAAUGCCGAAAAACACCACCGUCACAAUAUUACAACGUUUAUUUCAAAGGAAGCAUGGGUCUAGCAAUGUUGUUCUUGCUCUGGGACGAUUGUCAUAAUCUCAAACUUGACCGAGUACCAAUUAUUUAUGAGUAUUUGUUUGUUUUGGAAUUAUUUUUCAAGCUAAUUAUUUUAAUUUCGUUUAAUUUUGAUUUUUUCGCUGCAGAAGAAAUGAAAACUCAUUUAUCUACGGUUUGGGUGGUGACCGAUCUGGAAACUGCCGAAGGUAGACUUUUGACUUACAAUGCAAUCAAACACCUCAAACGUUCGCAUAUCAUGCGUGUUGCCAUCAUCAACAAUCCCAAAGAUGAAAUGAAUAUGACGCUGUUCCACAAAGAGUCGAAACAGAUUAACAAUGAUGAGAUAGUGGCAGGCUCGAAGUUUUCGCAGCAAAUCCUUGGCUUAAAACCAGGACAGUUGGCAUUUGUUGUUAAUGGUCUGCUUAUUGGGCCACUUCAGGAGGGACAAGUCUUUGAUGUUGCCGAUGUGGAACUUAUCGACAAAUUAGUUCUCUUGUAUGGGGGAAAGAUUAUUGGUGACUAUGUGGAAAAAUGGAAGAUUCAAACAAGACACGGCAAAUCAUCAGAUAUGGUUGCACGUACCAUGGCUUUACUAGGAAGUAUUGGCGCAGCGAAAAAACGACGAUCCAUUGCGAUUACCGGUGAAAAAGAAAGAAUUCCUGGAAACGAAGAAUCGGGCAUAAUCCACGCUCUAUGCAUUGUUGAUCCGUUAUCCACUCAAGCACAACGUCUUGGUCAUUUGCUAAGUGUUAUACAGAAAACUGUCAACUUGGAUUUAAAAUUGGUAAUGAAUCCGAAAUCGAAAUUAAGCGAGCUUCCACUUAAAAGGUUUUAUCGCCUUGUCCUGCAGCCUUCGGUGAUGUUCGACGAUUCGGGUCGUAUCAGUGAUUCUGCGUACGAAGCGCAUUUCACAGCACUUCCGAGCAAGCAGUUGUUGACGUUGACGGUUGUUCCGCCAGAUGCAUGGAUGGUUCAGUCGGUUUAUGCAGUCUAUGAUCUCGAUAAUAUUAAACUGGAAAACGUGGCCGGGAAUGUAAUUGCCAGAUACGAGCUUGAACAUAUCCUGCUGGAAGGUCAUUGCUUCGAUGACAUGACUGGUUCACCGCCACGUGGCCUCCAGUUCACCCUUGGCACUCAAACGAAUCCGACUCGUUACGAUACGAUUGUUAUGGCCAAUCUGGGAUAUUUCCAGCUAAAAGCUAGUCCAGGUGCAUGGAUUCUCCGACUUCGUGAUGGUAAAUCAAAGGAUAUAUAUGAUAUUGUGAGCCAUACAAACACGGAAUCCGAGAAUAGCAGUGGAGUGAGCGUACUGAUUAAUUCAUUCAGUGGUCGAACAAUUCGUAUCCGAGUUGCGAAGAAAAAAGGCAAAGAAGAUGAGAAAUUGUUAAGCGAGGGCAAACUCGAAGAAGAAGGCGAAGAGCAACUGUCAUCCAUCUGGAGUACCAUAUCCACAAGUGUAACAGGUGGUGAAAAAUACGAUACGAUAAAUAUAUUUUCACUGGCAUCCGGACACCUGUAUGAACGAUUUAUGCGCAUCAUGAUUCUGAGUACAAUGAAACACACCAAAUAUCCCGUGAAAUUUUGGCUUCUCAAGAACUACCUCUCACCUCAUUUUAAGGAAACGCUACCUCUAAUGGCGAAGCAUUACGGUUUCCAGUAUGAACUGGUCGAAUAUCGAUGGCCACGUUGGCUUUAUCAACAAACUGAGAAGCAGAGAGUUAUAUACAAAAUUUUGUUCCUGGAUGUACUGUUCCCAUUGGAUGUCCGAAAAAUUAUAUUCGUCGAUGCGGAUCUCAUCGUUCGUACCGAUCUUAUGGAGCUGAUGGAAUUGGAUCUUGGUGGUGCUCCAUAUGGUUUCACACCGUUCUGUGACAGUAGAUCGUCGAUGGAUGGUUUCAGAUUCUGGAAAAAAGGCUACUGGGCAAAUCAUCUUGCUGGUCGUAAAUAUCAUAUUAGUGCUCUCUACGUAAUAGAUUUGGUGAAAUUCCGUCAAGUGGCAGCUGGUGAUCGUUUACGUGGCCAAUAUCAGGGUCUUAGUGCUGACCCGAACAGUCUUGCAAAUUUGGACCAGGAUUUACCAAACAAUAUGAUCCAUCAGGUGCGUAUCAAAUCGUUACCUCAGGAAUGGCUAUGGUGUGAGACAUGGUGCGAUGAUGCUUCAAAAGCGAAUGCAAAAACAAUUGAUUUGGUUGGUUUUUGGUUUUCUGUCCAUGCUGUAUUGCUUUGA